AUGGUCGACCAUUUUAAAGAGGUAAGGGAAAGAGCCAGCGACCUCAGUGCGGAGGUUCGGAAGGACCGGUGGCAGACUUUUUGUUCCAGGGAGUGGCCGACCUUUGACGUCGGGUGGCCGCCGGAGGGGACUUUCGACCUCCCCACCAUCCGCCGGGUCAGGGAUGUCGUCUCCCGACUUAGGGGGGGACAUCCUGGUCAACUCUCUUACAUUGUUACUUGGCAGGACCUCGUGGAAGACCCGUCAUCUUGGCUCAGGCCCUUCCUACCUCCACGUUCUCCUGGGCCGAAGCCCAUUCUUGCCUUGCAGAGAACGGAAAAGGAGGAGAAAAAGAAGAAUCUCACCCAGCCUUCAGCCCCCCUGCACCCUGUCCUGCAAGGGGGGACUGAAGAAGAACUAAUCUUUCCUCCCCCAUAUAGCCCAUGGGGGGGCGAUCCUUCCACGCCAGGAGUGGCUGGGGGCGGAGUUCUGGGAGUGGCCGCGAUUCCGGUAGGAGGCCCGCCUCUCACCCAGCAGAGAGCUCAGCGGGAACUGUCUGCUGCAGCACCCGACUCCACCAUCAAGACCCUGCCCUUACGGGCCGCUGGACCCCCGGAUGCGGACGGCAACCAGCCCCAUCACUACUGGCCUUUCUCAACAUGUGAUCUCUAUAACUGGAGGGCACAAAACCCUAAGUUUUCUGAAAAGCCGGGGGGGCUUAUUGACUUGCUAGAUUCUGUUCUUUUCACCCAUCAGCCCACAUGGGACGACUGUCAGCAGCUUUUACAGGUUCUGUUCAUGACGGAAGAGAGAGAAAGGAUCCUCAAUGAGGCCCGGAAAGUGGUUCCAGGCGUGGACGGAAACCCAACUGCCAACCAGGUCCAAAUAGAUGUCUCUUUUCCCUUAACUAGGCCUGAAUGGGAUUUCAACACGGCAGAGGGUAAGGAGAGGCUUUCGGUCUACCGUCAGACCCUAAUGAAGGGUCUCAGAAUGGCUGCUAGAAAGCCAACUAAUUUGGCCAAGGUGGGGAAUGUUCAGCAGGAAAGGGAUGAGUCUCCAGCUGCCUUUUUAGAACGGAUCAUGGAGGCUUACCGCACCUACACCCCCAUGAAUCCAGAAGCUCCUGAAAACAAGGCAGCUGUGAUCAUAAGCUUUGUAAACCAAUCGGCCGCAGAUAUUAAAAGGAAACUACAAAAAGUAGAUAGGUUGGGAGAGAAGAGUUUACAGGAUUUACUGGCAGUGGCAGAGAAGGUGUACAAUAACCGAGAGUCUCCAGAAGACAGGCAGGCUCGCGUCGUGGCUGCCACUAGCAGUAGGCAAACUCGGGACCUGGCUAGAGUACUGCUGGCUACGACCAUGGACUCCCCCAAGGAGCGAGACUGUCGCCUCCGACAGCUUGCAAGCAAUAAAGGAAGAGGUAAGCAGACCACCCGAGAAGGGAGGCGGGGGCUUCGGAAGGAUCAGUGUAGAUUUUGCAUGGGAAUAGGGCACUGGGCUCGAGAGUGUCCGGAGAAUGUCGGUGAGAAGGGAGACAGGACCGACCGAGUUAAGGUCUUAGAACUGGGUGAACUGAGUGAUUAGGGGAGUCAGGGUUCGGACCCCCUCCCCGAGCCCAGGAUAACUCUCAGAGUGGAGGGGACUCCUGUUAACUUCCUUGUUGACACCGGGGCACAACAUUCGGUCCUCCGCACCCCGCAAGGAAAACUGGCAAACAGAAAGUCCUGGGUGCAAGGGGCAACUGGUAUAAGCCAGUAUUCAUGGACUACCCGAAGAACAGUAGAUUUAGGAACGGGCCGGGUAUCCCACUCUUUCAUGGUGAUACCGGAAUGCCCCUACCCACUAUUGGGACGGGACCUACUGACCAAAAUUGGAGCUCAGAUAACUUUCAGACAAGGGGGGCCUCAGGUCACCGAUGGGGAGGGCCGCCCCAUUCAGGUCCUGACCAUGAGGCUAGAGGAUGAGUAUCGCCUCUACCAGAAGGCUUCCCCAGUAGAGGGCAGUAUGGACAAAUGGCUACAAGAAUUCCCAACAGCUUGGGCAGAGACAGGGGGGGUGGGGCUGGCCGCCCACAGGGCCCCAGUCCUGGUAGAACUAAAACCAGGAGAAGGUCCAGUAAGAAUCAAGCAGUACCCCAUGCCUCAGGAGGCACGGAAGGGAAUUCAGCCUCAUAUCAGGAGACUGAAGAGCUUGGGGGUGUUAGUCCCCUGCCAGUCUGAGUGGAACACUCCCCUACUGCUGGUUAAAAAGCCACAGACAAACGACUACAGGCCAGUACAGGACCUCCGAGAAGUAAAUAAAAGAGUUAUGGACAUACACCCAACAGUCCCAAACCCGUACACUCUCUUGAGCUCCUUGGCGCCCUCUAAAGUCUGGUACACGGUAUUAGAUCUGAAAGAUGCCUUCUUCAGUCUACCGCUAGCACCUCAAAGUCAGCCCCUGUUCGCCUUCGAGUGGCAUGACCCAGAGGAGGGCUUCAGUGGACAGCUGACCUGGACACGCCUACCCCAGGGGUUCAAAAACUCGCCCACCAUCUUCGACGAGGCACUGCACGAGGACCUGGGUGAGUACAGAAGGGAACACCCCAACCUGACCCUCCUCCAGUACGUAGAUGACAUCCUGAUUGCUGCCGACACAGCCAAGGACUGUGAGCGGGGGACCCAAGAUCUAUUGGCCACCCUGGGGGCCUUAGGGUACCGGGCAUCCGCGAGGAAAGCUCAGUUAUGCCGAGAAAGGGUGAGUUACCUGGGAUACAUCCUAGAGGGCGGGCAGCGGCGGUUAUCGGAUGCCAGAAAAGAGACUGUUUUGAAAAUCCCUACUCCCACCUCUCGAAGAGAAGUGAGGGAAUUCCUAGGAUCGGCCGGCUACUGCCGCCUCUGGAUACCGGGUUUUGCCGAAAUCGCCAGGCCCCUAUACGAAGCUACGAAAGAGGGAAGGGCGUUUGACUGGACUGAGACAGAUGAAGCUGCCUUUAGGCAGUUGAAGAAAGCCCUUCUAGGUGCUCCAGCCCUGGGCCUGCCAGAUAUUACGAAGCCCUUUCAUCUCUUUGUAGAUGAACACAAAGGGAUAGGGAAAGGGGUCUUGACUCAAGCUUUAGGCCCCUGGAACCGCCCAGUGGCUUACUUGUCCAAGAAGUUAGAUCCUGUAGCUGCCGGCUGGCCACCGUGCUUGAGAAUUAUCGCGGCAACCGCGCUCUUAGUCAAAGACGCUGACAAAUUGACCCUGGGGCAGGAAAUCAGGAUUACAACCCCACAUGCCAUUGAGGGAGUCCUGAAGCAGCCUCCCGAUAGAUGGAUGAGUAACGCACGUAUAACCCAUUACCAGAGCCUCCUACUCAACCCUCCAAGAGUGCGGUUCCACCCCAGUGCAGCCCUCAAUCCUGCUACUUUGCUGCCCGACCCUGACUUAGAUGCCCCACUACACGACUGUGCGGGAAUCCUAGAGCAAGUGCAUGGACUCCGGAAGGACUUGACCGACCAGCCCCUCCCUGAUGCAGAGGCCACCUGGUUCACGGAUGGAAGCAGCUUCGUGCGAGACGGGUGCAGGUACGCGGGUGCAGCGGUGGUCACUGAAACGGACACUGUGUGGGCAGAGGCCCUGCCCCCCGGGACGUCAGCCCAGCGAGCAGAACUCAUCGCCCUUAUUAAGGCACUGACGCUGGGGGCUGGGAAGCGGCUUAACGUUUAUACAGACAGCCGUUAUGCAUUUGCUACAGCUCAUGUCCACGGGGCAAUCUAUCAGGAGAGAGGGCUGCUGACAGCAGAGGGACGGACAAUAAAAAAUAAGCAGGAGAUUCUCGAUCUGCUUGCGGCCUUAUGGCUUCCUGCCAAGUUAGCCAUAAUCCACUGCCAGGGGCACCAGAAAGCCGAUGACCCGGUAGCAAGAGGUAACCAAAAGGCUGACCAGGCUGCGAAGGAAGAAUUGCAACGUAUCAGAAAGCUCCCCAGAGCCCAGGAAAUAAAGGGAUGGUGGUAUACACCAGAAGGGGAACUUAUACUGCCAGACCGGCUCCGGGACUCGGUAUUAGAACAUAUGCACGGGUCCACUCACCUGGGAACCCGGAAAAUGAAGGACUUAGUCCGACGUGCCGGGAUCAAGAUUCACCAGCAGAAUACCAAGAUAAAUCAGGUUGUGUCUGCCUGCAAGACCUGUCAACUCACGAACACAAGAGUCGGAUCAAACGAAAAAGGGACCAGGCUCAGAGGCAUCAAACCAGGAGCACAAUGGGAGGUCGACUUCACUGAAAUUAAACCAGGGAAGUAUGGUUAUAAAUACCUUUUAGUUUUUAUAGAUACCUUCUCUGGCUGGGUAGAGGCAUACCCAACCAAGCAUGAAACAGCUCAGACGGUGGCCAAGAAGCUGCUGGAAGACAUCUUACCCAGGUAUGGUUUUCCUGCUAUGAUAGGGUCCGACAACGGGCCAGCCUUUAUUUCACAGGUAACACAGGUAGUAACCAGGGCUAUUGGGGCAAAUUGGAAAUUACAUUGUGCUUAUAGGCCCCAGAGUUCAGGUCAGGUAGAAAGGAUGAACAGAACUUUAAAAGAGACCCUUACCAAAUUAACCAUGGAGACUGGCGGGGACUGGGUGGCACUCCUACCGUAUGCCCUUUACCGGGUAAGGAACUCCCCAUACACCCUGGGCUUUACUCCCUAUGAAAUCAUGUUUGGCAGGCCACCCCCUAUCAUUCCUAACCUUAAAGCUGACCUUCUUGCUGAAUUUGAAAAUCAAGAUCUAUCUCUUUCCUUGAGAGGGCUUCAGAAGGCGCAUGAGGACAUUUGGCCGCGCCUCCGCGCCAUCUACGAAACCAGCCCAACCCCAACUCCUCAUCAACACAGACCAGGAGAUUGGGUCUACGUCAGAAGGCGUCACCGAGAAACCCUUGAGCCACGUUGGAAGGGUCCCUACACCGUGGUGCUGACGACCCCCACCGCUCUCAAGGUAGAUGGCGUUGCAACCUGGGUCCAUCACACUCACGUCCGGUCAGCGGAUCCAUCCAUGACCCAGAAGGACUGCAUCACCAAAUGGAGCAUCGAUCAAGAUCAACGCAACCCGCUCAAGCUCAAGCUACGGCGUGCUUGACCUGCCUGAUGCUGGUAACAUGACUCGCGAUCACUCCUGUUACCAGGAGCCCACACAAUACUGUGUAAUAUAAUGCCUGCAUCUUCAUGGACAUGGCUCCAAAGAGACAAGGACAAUUUAUAGGAUCACAUGUUUAGUGGCAGAAGAUGUGAAACAGCCAUGAUACCAGUAUUAUGUCAUAUUAACCUUUGAUUCUUUUGCAGGUUUGAACAUAUGUUGGCUGUCCUG